AUUAAUUGCUCUUACCCAGAAUUUCACUAUCUUCACUCCCUUAAUUAAAACUCUGCAGCUUUCUUCAGCGCAAAUCCAGGGGCUUUUUCAGACCAGUUUUCCCUAUUACCUUCCUCUCUUGUUUGGCUGCUUCCUGUCCUUCGAUUCACUUGUGGUUUUUUUUUUAUUGCAAAAGACUUGGAUUUUAUCUUCAAUAAUCACUUCGGGGUUGAAUCAAAGUCUAACAAAAUGCCGUGGUCUUUCGUCAACUGCGUGCGCUUAGUUGUUUUCUUUCUUGUCAUACUGUAAUUUUAUUUGUUUCUGGUGAAUUUCGAUUGAAUUUGAAAGGGGAUACGGUUCCUUCAACUUUCGUUCGCAAUUGGAAAAUUUUGGGUUGGAGGUGUGAGAAUGUACAUUUCGGUAACCAUAAAGAGAUAUCGAGCAAUUAAGGAAGUUGGGAAAAUUAAAAUGAGCGUUGGUGUUAUUGCAUACUAUAAGCUAGUUCAAGUUUGUCAGGCAGAGUAUUUCCGUCAGUUGCUUAAGCCUGUUACGUAGUCUGGUAUUACGGAACUCUUGGAAAUUGGGAUCUGGGAGAGUGCCAUUCGGUUGUGUUAUGUGUGAGGCUGUGAUAGAAUGGAACAUCUGAUUGUGUUGAUGGCAAAUUUGGGAUAGGUAGCUUUGACAUAUUGUAAUGGCGAUCCAGUAGUUUAGAUUUUUGUCUCACCAUAAUUUAGUUAUAAAUCUUCUUCCAACUUAAAAGUUGAAUAACUGCACGUUCAAAGCCAAGAAGCAAUCUUUUGUUGUGAACCUCUUGAUUAAGUAGAAAUUUCGAUGCAGAGUGAUCAACAGUUUUACUCCCCAAAAGCAGUGCCCAGACUUGCAGAUCAUGUGGAUGAUAAUUACAUUCACAUGCCGGUUCCUUCUGCUUUUGGUACAGUUUUUCCUCCAUGUGCUAAGCCAUUGCCACCCCUCCAUGGCAUUGAGUUUCAACCCUCAGAGGUUUGUCCCAAAAAUUUCGUUAUCUUCAAUCAGAAUGAUCAUAGAAACCAGAUAAUGUUCAAUCCUGCUGUUGCAAACAAAUUUAAUGGUCAUGGAUUAAAUGUUUUUGCAACUUAUCUUGAUGGAAAGUAUGACAUUAAAGAUGUUAAUGAUGCGGAAAAAGAUACCUCAUCCUCUCUGAAAGAGGAUUCAGAUGAUAUUGAUGCACUACUCAGCUCAGAAGAGGAGGAACAAGAAGAUUAUGAUGAGGAAGAAGUUAGCACAGCACGGACUUCUGGUAAUUAUGAAAGUGACACUGAUUCUCACUCUGCCUAUGGCUCAAAACCAAGAAAAAACAGCUCAUGUUCUUCUACUCUGAAAUCCUCUGGUAGUGGUUGUGGUACUGACCCCAAAAAGCGGCUGAAAAUGAAGAAAAUGGUUAAGGUUCUAAGGGGAAUUGUACCAGGUGCUGAUCAGAUGGGUACUGUAGCAGUUCUCGAUGAAGCUGUUCGGUACCUCAAGUCUCUCAAGGUUGAAGUAAAGAAGCUUGGAGUUGAGAAUUUCAAGAAUGGAGAUUAAACUCAUAUUCUGGUAAUGGUUUCCUCAUCUUCUGGAAUUCAAGUUUAUCCUGUAUUGCGUACCCAUCCUUCGCCGUCUCUCUGAUGGUUUGGGUUCCAGAGAUAAAGAAGACAGGCAUUUAGAAUUCAUGUGUGUUUUAGUUUCCAGUUAUGCAUAUGUAUUAAUGGUGCCAGUGCAUGUGUUGCUUAAACUUCUGAAGAUCAUAUAUCAUGUCCCUUGGAAAGGGAGAGAGGUUGGGUGGAGUUUGGCUCUGUAAUAUGACUACUAAGUUUGUAGUUGCCAUUAUCUUUAUGGCACUAGUAGCUGCUUUGAAUGUUAAUGAAAUGUACUUAAAAGAUAUUCAGUAUUA